AUGGAGAGCACCAUGUUCAAUAUGGAGGAUCUUCCUAAAGAUAUUGUAUCAAUAAUUCUUUCGCGUGUAACUGGUGAAUGCGUCUUAAACUGCAAGUUAGUAUGCAAGAUAUGGGAAACACUCCUCCGCGAUAGAAAGGUGAAGGAGGGUCUUCUUUACUUUGCUACGCUACGCAGACAUGCCCCAACAGUAAGAUGGGAAAGGACGGCUACAUUUUAUUAUGGAGAUUAUGAUGACAUUAUGAGUGAUGAUUACACAGUGAACCCUUUAAAACCCCUUACUAAGAUCGAGCAUCCAAAAGUUAGACGGGGUGAUGCUAAUAUCCUGAUAGGUUCUUGCAAUGGUUUGGUUUGUUUGGGUAUAUCUAAUAAUCACGGUGUCCCUGAUCCAGUCCAUGUCUGCAAUCCGUUCACCGGAGAAUAUGCCAAUCUUCCAAUGCUAAACAUGGAUAAGUCUGGUGACUUCUCUGUUAUAGUAUAUGGAUUCGGUUAUUUACAGAAGACUAACGAGUAUAAGGUUGUGAGGAUUUACUACCCCAGCUAUCCAGGUGUUGGUUCGGUCCAGAUAUACACUCUUGGCAGUCGCAGAGGAUGGAGAAGCAUUGGAGAAAUUAAACACAACUUGUGCAAUCCUGGUAUCCUAGCAGAUGAAACACUCUAUUUCAUGAAUGCCGGAAAGCAGGAGAUUGUAGCCCUCGAUUUAGCAGGCGAAGCAUUCCAACUGGUGUUACCUCCAUGUAUCCAAGAUCCUGAGCAUAGUACUGCCCACUCGUACCUAAAGUUGAUAGGAGAGCACUUAUGUGUGGUUUAUGCACGGUGGGGCGUCAAGAUGGACAUUUGGUCCUUCAAAGAAACCAAUAAGCAGAAAAGUUCUUUUGCAUUGGGGAAGGACUAUAAUUCCUGGAGUUGGAGCCUAGAGUAUAGUAUACCUUGGAAUUUCGAUGUUGAAGUUUCAUAUGAGCCAUUUGCCUUGACUAAAAGCAAUGAAAUUUUGUUGUGGAAGGAUUACCAGACACUUGUCUCUUAUUCUCCUGAAACUGCCACAUUUAAGACGUUUGAGAAUCAUUAUAUGCGCUACGAAACUUCCAAAGCAAUUCCGCACCGAAAUACCCGUGUUUCACUGAAAGCCCUUGGUGUAUCUGCGAACAUGAUCAGAUAUAAUGCCAAAGCAACUGCACAUUCGUUUUUUCUGCACCUGAAGCCGCAAACUCCUCGACCCGGGCAACUGCAAAUUCCUGAACCCUGGCAAAUGCAAGCUCAUCACCCCUGGCAGUACAUUCCAAACCCUCCCCCCUGGCACUAUGAUCCGAUUCCUCACCCCUUGCAGCAGCAGAUUCCUCGCCCCUGGCAGUACGUUCCAAUUCCUCACCCCUGGCAACAACAGCAGAUUCCUCACCCCUGGCAACAACAGCAGAUUCCUCACCCCUGGCAGUACGUUCCAAUUCCUCCACCCUGGCAACCGCAAAUUCCUCACCCCUGGCAGUACUUUCGAAGAUGA